AAUUUUGACCCGCUUCCAGCCGGAUCUUUUUCUCCUCCUAUGUUGGUAGACCUUUGCUCUCUACUCCCUCUGCCUUCUUCUUUUGCAACAACACAAACCCGAGAGCGCCUUUUUCAGAAAUAUUUAAUGAGAUGAAUUCAUCGAACAACCAAACCAGAGAUUCCGUCGAAGAAAAAUCCAGCAAUGACGAUAAAGCCUUCUUUGAUAUUUAUGGGCCGCAGGCAAGAGCAGAAGUUGUUUUCAAGCAACCAGAAGCCAACUCAACAUUGAAUUUGCAAGAUGUGCAAGGAUUGGCCACCUGGGUGCUUGCUGAAGGAUUCAUGCCAUCAUGGGUUUUCAUCAAAAACAAGCCCUUGAUUCCUAAAGUGGUUAUGCUGUAUGUGCCUGGCCUUGAUGCUGCACUUUACUUGUCCCAGUCUAAAGUUCUCAAAAGUUUUAAACAAUGUGGUGGCAUUCCAAGAGCAGUUUUAGCUCUCAGCUGUGUAUCAGAUGGAACGCAAACUAUAGAUGCACUUCUUACCUACAAAAUGAAAAGAAAAAGGGAUGUUGCUGAACAAACAAUUGCUCAAACGUCUGAACAAGACCUUUCACAAGGUACAUGCUUUUUCAUUCAUGCAGGGCCUACAAAUUCUGGCUCAGAGAUUACAACUUUUCUUGACCUUAAGAAAAGCAUACCAUUCCCCAUUACUUAUUACACUCUUACUGCUAAGGAACUGGAAGAUAAUGGAUACUGUUGUGACCAUCCAGAAUAUCUCUCAACACUUCCUGCUCCUUCAGGAAUUCAUCCAUAUGAGAUAUUAGCACUUGAUUGUGAGAUGUGUAUUACAAAUGAAGGAUUUGAACUCACCAGAGUCACACUUGUAAAUUUUCAAGGGCAGGUUGUAUUAGAUAAACUGGUUAAGCCACUUAAUGAGAUUAUUGAUUAUAACACAAGGUACAGCGGAAUCACGCAUGAGAUGUUGGAUGGUGUGACUACCACUCUUAAAGAUAUUCAGGAGGAUUUUCUACAACUGGUCUUUAAAGAAACUGUUCUGAUUGGACACUCCUUAGAGAAUGAUUUGUCAGCUCUAAAGAUCAUUCACAAUUUGGUGAUUGACACUGCCAUACUGUACAAACACCCAAAGGGAAGAUCAUUCAAAACUGCACUUCGUGUUCUAAGCAGGAGAUUUCUUGGGAGGCAGAUACAAGAUUCUGGAAAUGGGCAUGAUAGCAUUGAAGACGCAAGAGCUGCAAUGGAGCUGGCCAUACUAAAGAUUCGAAAUGGACCUGAUUUUGGUUCGCCUCAACCACUCCUGCGAAAGAAACUCCUCACAGUUUUGAGUGACUCUGGGAAAACAUCCUCCAUAAUUGAUAAUAUGUACAUAGUGAAAAGAUAUGCCUCAGAGUCAUCCCACUCAAUUGCAGUAUCAUCUGAUGACGAAGCUCUUGCAAAAGCCAAUAAAGAGGCGAGAAAUGACAAGGUCCAUUUUAUUUGGACCCAAUUUUCAGAAUUGCAUUCCUACUUCAAGAAGGAAGCAGAUGAUGCUGAGAAGCUAAAUAGAAAGUUAGCACAGAUGAUAGCAAUGCUAACAUGUGAGAAGAAGUCUUCGAACAGAAAAAACAUCAAAUAUGAGAUAACACCUGAAUUGAAGAACAUUCUUAAUCGUAUGGAUGUUAGGGUUAGAAGCCUCUAUGCCAAUCUACCUCCAAAUGCCAUGCUUGUUAUUUGCACUGGUCAUGGAGACACUGCAAUAGUUCAAAGAGUGAGGAAAAUCCUGUCGGAACAAACUGAAACUGCAAUGUCCCGGGAGAAACUUGUUAAAGUGCUGGAAGAUCUGCAGGCCCAAGCUGAAGUGGGAUUGUGCUUUGCAGGUGUGAAACAUUAAACAUCAUUAUGAUGGAUGGAUGGAUGGCUCUACAUUCUACACAUUGUAUAGUAAACAAGUUUUGAAGAAAUAUUAGGAGGAGGAUUAGCAUUUGAAUCUCUAAAUGAGGCCUGUAACUGCCUAGUAGCGUUGUAAAGACUGGGAAAAUGUUGUAUAUUUAAUUUCAGUGGUUUCCCUGUUGUACCUGAGAAGUGAGAACUAGUAGUAUUAUAUACUUAUAUAUUUUAAUAUAACCAUGGACCUUGUGACA